AUGUCGGCCCCCAGCCGCCACUGGUACCUUCCCCAUUUAAGGGAGCAGGAUAAGGAGGCUACCGUCUACGUCGGCAACCUCGAUGAGCGCGUCACCGACAAGCUAGUUUGGGAGCUCAUGCUCCAGGCUGGCCGCAUCCAGAACGUCCACCUUCCGAAAGAUCGCGUUACCCAGACCCACCAGGGCUACGGCUUCGUCGAAUUCCAGAGCGAGGAAGAAGCCGACUAUGCCGCCAAGAUCAUGAACCAGAUCCGCCUCUAUGGCAAGCCCAUCCGUGUCAACAAGGCUAGCGCCGACAAGCAGAAGACGGUCGAGGUCGGUGCCGAGCUCUUCGUCGGAAACUUGGACCCUAUGGUGGAUGAGAAGGUCCUGUUCGACUGUUUCUCGAGGUUUGGCAGUCUCAUCUCGGCUCCCAAGGUUGCACGCGACGAGAACAACUUAUCCAAGGGCUACGGCUUCGUCUCCUUCUCUACGUUUGAGUCCUCUGAUGAUGCCAUUGCGAACAUGAACGGCCAGUACCUCAUGAACAAGGAGAUCAGCGUCCAGUACGCCUACAAGAAGGACGGCAAGGGUGAGCGCCAUGGUGACGCUGCCGAGCGUGCCCUCGCGGCGGAAGCUCGCAAGCACGGUGUCCAGCCGACCACCCAGCCUCUGCCCCCUCAGCUCUUCCAGCAGCCUUCCCUUCCGGCUCCCAGCGCCCCCGCUGCCAUGCUCAACGGCGCCGGCCCGACCCCGCCUCCCGCUCCCGCUGGUUUCGCGCCUCCGCCCAACUACCAGAGCGUCCCUCCCCCGCACCAGCAGAGCCGCACUCCGGUCCAGUCCACCCCGCUGCCGCCUCCGCCCGCCGGUCUUCCCGCCCGUCCCCCGCCGUCCCAGGCUGGUUACGGUGGCCCGGCUGGCUACGCUCCUCCCGGCUUCUCCGCUCCUCCUCCCGGCCAGUUCCCGCCUGCCGGUGCUCCGCCGCCCGGCUUUGCCCCUCCUCCCAACUUCGCUCCCGGAUUCCCGCCUCCUGGCCAGGGCCCUCCUCCGCCCGGCAUGCCUCCUGGCAUGCCUCCGGGCUUCCAGCAGCCGGGAUACAGCAGGCGCUGA